CUACUAAUAGUUGGAUAAAUAAGUUUUAAAUGUCCUACCAUAGCAUGUCAGACCAUAAGAAAGCACGAUGGAGUUGAUCUAAUGGGUACAGGAGGCGACCAUGGAAGCUUUGUGAUAAAACAACGCAACCUAAUUGUGUUUGGGGUUUUUAGAAUUGUCUCGAUGAGUAUAAGAAACCUGUGGGAAAAUACAGUCAGAGAUAAAAGCUUGUACCAAUUUUUUUUUUGCCAAAAACGUGUUUAUGUUUUUAAUUAUUUUGUGGAUGUCCUUACAGCAAGUUUUUGGCCCAAGUCCGGGGCUGGCAAGUUAUUGGGCAAAUAGCCAUGAGGCGGCUGAUGAAAUUCCGCCAACUCCAGAAGAGCUUGAAAACGGAGUAUUUGGACCAUCGUCACCCUCCCCAGAAAACUCAGAAGUCGGCGAACCACCGAGACAGCCAUGGUCACCACCAGCAGCAGAUGUCAGGCCACCCUGGGCACCUUCAUCACAUGAGAUUCCUAAUGGACCACCUGGACCACUAAGAUCUGGACUUUAUGGACCUCCCGGACCACCUGGACCCCCUGGUCCACAAGGAGCACCCGAAGAGUCACCAUAUGGACCACCUGGGCCACAGGAACCUGGGCCUUAUGGACCUCCCGGACCUCCUGGUCCACAAAGAGCACACGCAGAGUCACCAUAUGGACCACCUGGGCCACAUGGACCGCCUGAAUCUUAUGGACCAGGGCUCUAUGGACCUCCUGGACCUCCAAUGCCUAGUGAACAAGGACCACCCGCGGAACCGCCAUAUGGACCACCUGGACCUUAUGGAUCAUUUGGACCACCCGAUGGACCACAACGUGGACCACCCGGACGGGCUGUCCCCCCAGGCCAACAAGGACCAUAUGGUCCUUAUGGACCAUUUGGUCCACCUGGUCAAGGACCACCUGAUGAACCACCACGUGGAUCCGGAUCAGCUUUUCCACCAGGGGAACAAGGAUCAUCUGGACUCUAUGGACCUUUUGGGCCACCUAGUGGGCAAUCACCUGAGGACAUGUAUGGAGGUGCUAUGCCGCCUGGGCAACAGGGACCUUAUGGACCACCUGGUGCACAAAAUGGACCACCAAGGCAAUAUAAUUUUGGUGGACCGCUUGAUUCAUCUGGACAAUAUGGACCACUUCUCAGACCAAAUGGCCCGCCUGAGCAAUUCGGGUCUCCAAAUGAUGGACCGCCGCUUGGAAAAUACGGUUCAAGAUUUGGACGACCUGGACCACAAUAUGGACCUUCCGGACUUGGAAGUGGAGCGCAUUUUGGACUUAAAGGAUCACAAGGCUCUAGAGGAGGCCAGAAUGGACCGCCACGUCAUUCACAACAUCAACCACCUUCGAAACUACGAUACAUAGGAUCGGCAGGUCCACCUCCAGAUACAUGGAAUUGGGACGUUUCACGACAACAGCCAAAUGACGGGAACCCAGAGUCUGCGAGGCAACUAUUAAGAGAACUAAAGCCCCCUGAUCCAUUUCGUGAUUUGCCUAAAGCGGAUGACUUUGGUGUGCCAAUUGAGUGGGUGGCUUUGACUUCGGCUAACACAGAGGACGGUCUUGCCAGAGUCACGGACAGGAAAACUGGAAGAAACAUGCAGACUAAAAUAAACACCGAAGCCACAACUACCACUACCCAGUUCACCACAACCCCGGACCCGGUCAUGGAAUCAUUGCUCCAGUUCGUGACUCCUCGGAACUUGAAGCCGGAAGACUGGCUGGCUUUUGACGUGACCUUGAAUAAGAAAAGAGCGCCUGAGACAUGUGACGCAGACGCAUGUCAAGCAAGGUGCCACAAAGAUCAGUGUCAAACAGCGUGCCGGGGCGACACUUGCGCGAGCGGGUGUAUAGGAUCAUCUUGCACAGCAAUGUGUGAAGGCCCGGGGUGUUUAACUAUGUGCAUCGGUGACAACUGUAGGACACAGUGUAAAGGUCAUUCAUGUGAUGCGCGGUGCAUCGGCAAAGGGUGUGAAGCAUAUUGUGACAGCGUGUCAUGUCGUUACACCAAAAAUGGAGAAGAGAAACGUGGCAUGACCUUGAACCCGCAGCAUCAGCGGAGACCUAUCGCCAGGACUCUUGUGGAAGAUGAUGAGCUUGGCCUAGAAUCUAGUGAACGCCUAGACCAAGGACUAGAAUAGGGUAAAUUCUAUCUUUAAUAAAAACCUUCACAAAAUAGACAAAAAAA